AUGGGGAAAACCGGUGAAAGUUCGUGGUUCACGGCGGUUAAGAAUGUUUUCCGGUCACCGGAGAAGAAAUGCCCCAGAAGAAGAGAUCAUCGACAAGGCAAAGACCUCGUCGAAGAAGACGAAGACGAACAACAGCAACAAACGAAGAGAGGAAAAAGAAGAUGGCUAUUCAAGAAAGCCUCUUCUGAUACUUCUGCGACUGACGUCGGAAUAAACACUAAAAAUGCCGGCAACACGAACUCUGCCGCUGUUGACGCGGCUGCGACGGAGGAGACGGGGAAAGCUGCAUCUCCGGCUGCUAAGGAAGCCGUCUUUUUCUGUCGGACAUCUGUUUACCUGAAAAAACACGUGGCUGCUAUUCUCAUUCAGACAGCUUUCCGAGGAUGCUUGGCACGAAAGGCGUUCAGGGCCCUAAAAGGAGUUGUGAUACUACAAGCCCUAGUGAGAGGCCUUAACGUACGUAGACGAGCAAGCAUUACAUUUCUUCGGGUUCAGGCUUUGGUUCGGAUCCAGGCUCGGGUUUUAGAUCACCGGAAAAAUCUCACGGCCUUUCCCGGCGACGAAUCUGCCUUGUCUCGUGCCUUCUCUAAACAGAUGUGGAGAACCACAGCGAGAGAAGCACAUAGUGAAAACGAAUUAGAGGACAAAAGACCGAGUAGGUUAAACCGGUUUGGUUAUCUAGAAACCGGAAGGAGAAUAUCAACCGAUCAGGCUAUCGUUGAACCGGUCAAGAUAGUUGAGAUCGAUACGUAUAAUACGUACUCACACCACCAUCAAUUCAACGACCAAACACCACGUGGGAAUUCGUGCGUCACAAGGCAAGUCCAUUCAAUACCUAAUUACAUGUCUACCACUGCCUCAGCCGUGGCUAGGUUUCGACCCCAAAGCGUACCAAGGCUGAGAUCCAACCCGGGCGGUUUAGAUGGAAACGAACCAAGAUUGAAACUGGUUAGAAAACGGUUGUCAUUUCACAAAGAUAAUCCACAAUCCCAUGAUUAUUUUUGGUUUGACAAGAGAGCGAAUGCUCACGAGGAUUUUCAGUACUAA